AUGAUUGAUAUGUCGACAGCUUCGCUAGAUGGAUAUAUAGCAGGCCAAGACUAUCCAGCUUUUGAAGAAGUGCCUACAGGUUUGUCAUUUACUUGCGAUGACAAAAUACCUGGAUACUACGCGGACCCAGAGACUCAGUGCCAGGUAUGGCACUGGUGUGUACCAAGUCUGGGCGGCAACACCAUGUACUCCUUCAUUUGUGCUCCUGGUACUGUUUUCAACCAACAAUCAAGAGUUUGUGAUUGGUUCUUUAAAGUAGACUGUCCAAACUCUCCAGCUUAUUACGGAGUCAACGAAGAUCUUUAUAAAGAUGAAGCCGGAAAUUACAUAGCAGGGAAAAAG